AUGAAAAAUUUGACGGCCAAGACGAUAAGGCAACAAGGCAACAAGGCACACAAUGACAUCGUUUCCGCCCGUCGUCGAGUGGGCACCACUGGCCCCAGAGCUCACGAUCCAACCGAUCGGCUGUUUACUAUUGUCUACGAAGGGAUAUCCCCAUGGCGACGACACCAGGAGCUCCUGUCUUCCGCCCAGGGCCAUCGCAACAUCCACUCUCCUCACAGGACGAUUGAGCGGCCCUUGCAGUCAAGGAAGGAGGAUGAAGCCAGGGGAUCUUUGGGCCAACGGACCAGCAGGGUAGAGAGGGCUGGAUCUCAAGGGAAAUAUAGCAUGAUCCAAGUGGGCAACGAGUGGGCCCGUCCGUCGUCACAGUUGGUCACAUCCGAUCACAAAUCUGGCCCCUGCUGGUUUCCCAGACUCCCGGCACGGCGCGUUGCCAUGCCAACCCGCGGGCUUGUUGAUGGGAACCGUGGGUUCAAUUGA